AUUCUUGUAAAUACACUAUGAUUUGUUUCUGUUUAGACUAAAUUUACAUCUAGAUCUAGAUACUAUUAACAUUAAAUAGAUCUACUUUGAAGACUUUUCUUCUUUGAUAAGAAAAAACAAAAUCUGCAUUUGGAAUCUAGAAAUCAACAUCAUAGCUCUAGAAAUGGACGGGACAAAAAGAAGAGGUGUCAACAACACAGAAAGCCUCCAAACGAACCUUGAAGUUCAAUUAGAAGGAAGAAAAUUAAACUUAAAUGAAAAUGAACCAAUCACUUCGGCCAUAUACUACUUUUGUAACAAAAGGAUUGAGCGCGAGCCCAAGGAGACGCGCAUAAUCAAUUUUUCAGUCAAUACUUUUACUGAGUUCCUGGACACUACACAGUUUUUCUGUGAUGAUUUCAACCACAUGUGGACACAUGCAAUCAUUUUAGAACUCUGGAAGACUGUUAUAGAUCUGCAGAUUCCCGAACUUAUAGCAAUCUUUGAGAAAAAGGUUGGCCGGAUAAUGUGCGCGAACAAUAUUGAGACAAUUUAUGGGAUGGCCUAUCUCUAUCAGUCACAUGCCGUCGUCUUGCAAACUAGACUCUUUCUGCAACGUCUGUAUAUAAAAGAUGAUGAAAUGCAUCUCUACUGUAUUUUAUCUUUCAAAGACUUUCUUAGCAUAAUUAAAGAUGAUUGUAUACAAGUGGAAAGUGAGGACAUUGUUUUAAGGUCCAUUUUCCUAUGGGCUGAAAAACAAGAAGGAAGUUCUGGGGCAAGCGAGGAUGGCCAGCAGUGUCCGAAAAAAAAAGUGGACUGUAAUGUGCCAUGCAAGGAAGAGAAUGAGUUAAAUUAAAACACUUCUGAGCUCUCUCAGCUGUUAAGAGCCUCAAGGUAUGGGUUAGCGAGCAUUGAAUGUCUUCGAGAGCUCUCCAAACAUCAGUUGUGUCAGAAAGACAAAGAAGCGAAACUCGUUAUAACUGAGGCCAUCAACUACAAGCUAGACAGAAAUACUCAUGGAUACUGGCCUUCAUUCGCAUAUCCUAGAAGCUUUAGUGAUAUCGAGCUUGUGGGUGUAUUAGCUGACAAUAAUCAAGUCAGUAUUACGUAUCUUGAAACCAGUGAAAUAGUGACCUGGGAGAGACUUCCCAGAUGUCCCUUACAUACUCAAAUAGAAAAUGUUACAGUCUUUGACAAUGAACUGUAUGUUAUAACCAGCACAGAUAACGAAAGUUUGAUAUUUGUGUUUAGAAACCGAAAAUGGAAAUUUGUUAUAGAUCUUCCAAAUAAAGACUUCAUUGUCAUCUCCAAAGGAAGCUUUAUCUACGCCAUAGACGGCACAAGCAGAAGCGUCAAAUGUGUGUCGCCGAGAGAGACUCCAGUUCUUCACAGCGAGAUCAAGUUCCCUGACAUGAUGAGAACUCCAGAGAGUGCUUUAGACUUUGACAAAAGUAUCUUGAUUUUCUGUUCCACUGACUCUGAUGAAAAGUCGGCAGUGAUUUCUUUAGACGUACCUGAACAUAAAUGGACUGACUGCGGACAUCUUGAAGGGUCAGCUAAAAAUUUGGUUGGUUUUAGAAAUGAAACAAAUUACUUUAUCCUACAAAGAGAUGGAUCGUUAAGCCAAGUGUUGAGAAAACAAGAUGACAGCAUUGACUUUAUAUUCAUUCAACGUCUGUGGUCUAUUCAAAGUGCUCUACGUGGUGCCUUCAUCUACAGGGACAUUCUUUACGUUUUUUCAAAUACUCCCUUGGAGAAUGUUGGUCUUCAUGGAGUUCUUGGUUUGUUCUGGAGAACGGAUUACAUGUACCAGGAAGAAAAGGCGUGUAACUUUGCGACAGUGUUGAUGCAUAAGUACAAUGAUGUUUUUAGUUUACGGUUGGUAAAUGAGCCAGAUUUCGAUCCUGACGAUGAUUAAGUCAUGUGAUGCAACUCCUCGAUUUUUUUUAUGUGUGAGUUCGUGGAUAUUUAGGGUUAGGGGCCUAACAAAGUGUACGAUGUGUCGACUUUCUAACGAGAUCUGUAAAACUUAUUUAUAAUUAUGAGCUAACAAAUGUAUUGAAGUGGAGGUAGUAAUCAGAGAAAUCGACAAAAAUUGUUAAAGAGCAAAAUGUUGAGGCUUUUGGUAAACGUCAUAACAAUCGUAAUAAAAAUGCAACUAUCUCAUAUGCAUUGCUAAAUAUUAUUUUUUUUGUCUAAUAUAGGUCUAUAUUUCUAAUUAUAAUUAAAUUACAAAAAAUCAAAUGAGAAUUUAUUUAAAUGAAUAACAUUUAUUCGCUUUUCUGUCGGCUUGUAAUACUCGUAAUCUAGGUUUAAACCAAAUUUCCAAAGUCUGUAGUUUAAACUGAUUCAAGAUGAAGUAUUUUAUCGACGAGCUUUUAGUUGACUUUCUUAUU